ACGUCAUCACACACCGGCUCAAGACGUGGCGCCAGAGACAAAAAUUCACAUUUCUCCAGAUUUUCCCGCAAAUUUUGACUUUCUGACCCAAAAAUGUUGCCGAUUUCGGAUUUUCAAAAGAUCGGCAUAGGGCUGACAGGGUUUGGAACAUUUUUCCUGCUCCUGGGCAUGUUGCUGUUCUUCGAUACCGCCUUGUUAGCUAUAGGAAAUAUCCUGUUCAUCUCAGGGCUUGCGUUUGUGAUCGGGAUGGAGCGGACAUACAGAUUCUUCUUCCAGAGGCACAAGAUGAAGGGGACAGCUGCGUUUGUGGGGGGGAUGCUGGUGGUGCUGGUGGGCUGGCCUGUCAUCGGCAUGUGUGUGGAGCUCUACGGUUUUGUACUACUCUUUAGUGGUUUCUUCCCAGUAGCCAUCAGUUUCAUCAGAAGGAUUCCUGUACUGGGGAUGGUGUUGGACCUGCCAGGCAUCAGUACGCUGGUGGCAAAAAUAGGAGACGGCUCCCAUCAGAUGGUGUGACAGAGAACCGAGUCGGGACCUCAGAAAGGACAAUAUUUUCUGCAACAUGAACAAAAUCAACUCGAGGGGUCAGAACUUCAUAACAGUUUCACCGACCAACAAGUGCUUGCAUCACAGGCAGAUACAGUAUCUACAUUUGUAA